GAUAGAAUUCUUGAAGCUUUGCAACGCGACUCAUGCUCUCGAGGUAUAACGUGCUGUUGAUCUUGACGGCGGUCUCCUUAGUGCACGCGUCUUCAGGAGAUAGAGCUUGGGAAUACCAAAGAUGUGUCUCGCAAUGCUCUUCAGCUGUCUGCGCCGACCCCAACUGGGCCACUUCCCUCCCAUUGUCGAUGCGGAUCACUCGUUGGACAUGCACGGAUGACUGCAAAUACGGCUGCAUGCACUCGAUCACUGAUCACGCUAUUGCGCAUUCGCUCCCGGUGCAGCAAUACCACGGGAAAUGGCCAUUCUGGCGUUUCGCUGGCAUGCAAGAACCAGCCUCAGUGGCAUUCUCCCUUCUCAACUUGCUGGUGCACGCCAGAGGAGCAUUGCAUGUACAAAGGUCGAUCGCCGAAGGACAUCCCAUGAAAGGCUACUAUUUGAAGUUCGCAUUGGUUAGCAUGAAUGCUUGGGUAUGGUCCUCUGUCUUUCAUACGCGCGCUCAGCCUAUUCACUGUAUGUCGCUAGAUUUACCUAUCACCGAGAAAUUUGACUAUUUCUUCGCUGCCCUAGCCAUCCUCUACGCCGUGUAUUACACCGUCAUCCGUCUGUUUCACCUCUAUUCGUCCGAGACUCACCGUCCAUCCAAAACCAAAGCAAGCUGUACGAACUCUCGCCCUCAUGCGUUGUGGGCCCUUACAUGCAUUGUGAUGUACUUGGGCCAUGUCUCUUACCUCUCGCUCCUCCCUCGAUUCGACUACACCUACAAUAUGGCUUUCAACCUCGGAGUCGGCAUGGCUCAUAACCUACUUUGGCUGGCGUACUCCCUACCAUCCGCCGUGCCUCUGCUGCGACGCUUUCCGUUCCGCCCGCACAUGUAUCGACCCACAUAUGCGUCGAGAGCUGCUUUCUUUGUCUUGACCACCAUCUUCGCAACGUCUCUCGAACUCUUCGACUUCCCUCCGUGGCACAGAGUCAUAGAUGCUCAUUCGCUGUGGCAUCUGUCCACUGUUCCGAUUGCCGCGUUCUGGUACGAUUUCCUUGUACUGGAUUCUCAAGACGAUGGUUGGAAACCGUCAAGAUCGUGA